ACGUGUUAUGCAACACAUCUCCUUGGAUUCAAUGAACCUGAUCUACCUGUCGCUAGUGGUGGCGCAUACAUUUCACCCUAUAAUGCAUCAGUCCUUUGGAAACAGUAUAUACAACCAGUUAAAACACAAUGCAAUAUCAGUUUGGGUGCACCGGCCGUUACAAAUGCGGUCGCUUCCGGUUGGGGUACAGAUUGGCUCAAUCAGUUCUUCGGCAACUGUACAUCUCCAAAUUGUACAUUUGAUUUCAUUCCAUUUCAUUGGUAUGGUCAAUCAGUUUUGGAUUUUGAAACGUAUGUUGCCAAUUUUCAUACGAUCUUUCCAACGUAUCCUCUUUGGGUAACUGAAUUUCAAUUUACCGGUGUAUCGAAUGUUACAACAGCCUAUAUGGUAAAACAAGCCAUGCAAUGGCUCGAUGCACAAUCCUAUGUUGUACGCUAUUCGAUGUUCGGUCCGAUGAACCCUGCAAAUAUGGCCGGUAUUCCAAAUGGUGCAAUGGUUAAAGAUGAUCUCACUGGAUUGACACCUGUGGGAUUGGAAUAUGCGGGACUGAUGUAG